AUGCUCUGUAACAACAAGGAACUUGGUCUCUUGUUCCUCUUCCUCCCUCUAAGCAAUCCAUUGGCUGCAAAUGGGUUUUUAAAACUAAGAAAAAUUCUGAUGGGACUGUCGCCCGAUACAAGGCCAGACUUGUGGCUAAAGGUUUUCUUCAGCAACAUGCCUACUAUUCGUAUCUUGUUAUGCUUGGCUUUGCAUCAUCAUUGGCCUAUAAAGCAAUUGGACAUUAGUAAAGCCUUUCUUCAUGGUCAUCUUGAGGAAGAAGUUUACAUGGAUCAACCACCAGGAUUUGUUGAUCCUUCUAAUCGUAUCUUGGUGUGUAAACUUCAUAAAGCACUAUAUGGUCUCAAGCAAGCUCAUUGGACUUGGUUUUCGACUUUCUCUGGUUUUCUUCUGUCCCAAGGCUUUCUUCAAAGCAAAUGUGAUUCCUCCUUAUUUGUUCAUAAAACAUCUUCUUCUAUCACCUACCUCCUUAUCUAUGUUGAUGACAUUCUUCUCACUGGUACUGAUGAAGCUUUCCUUCAAACUCUUUUAACCCAUAUGCACAAAACCUUUUCCAUGAAAGAAUUGGGUCAUAUCUCCUAUUUUCUUGGCAUUUCAGUUCAAUCUUCCUCUUAUGGUUUCUUUCUUUCUCAAACCAAAUAUGCUACUGAUAUCCUUGACAAGGCUGGUAUGAAAGAUUGCAAACCGUGUGCCACUCCGGUCUCUCUGAAAUCUCAUCUUCUUUCCACUAAUUCUCAGCCAUUUUACCAACCUUUUUUGUACCGCAGUAUUGUCGACGCCCUUCAAUAUCUAACCAUCACACGCCCUGAGCUUUCUUAUGCUGUUAAUCAAGCUUGCCAAUUCAUGCACUUUCCUACUGUUGGCCAUUUUUCUGCUGUUAAACACAUUCUUCGAUAUAUCAAGGGGACUUUAUUACAUGGUUUGCAUUUUACACCUAGUGAUUUUCAGCUUCAAGCUUACUGUGAUUCUAAUUGGGAAGGUGAUCACUCUGAUCGUUGUUCUACUUCUAGGUACUGUAUUUUCUUGGGUUCGAACCUCAUCUCCUGGUCUUCUAAGAAACAAUCCACCGUCUCUCGCAGUUCCACUGAAGCUGAGUAUCGUUCUUUAGCUCAUACAGCAGCCGAAUUGACUUGGUUACAAAUAUUGCUUGCAGAUUUUGCUAUUCCCCAACCUUCUCUUCUUGUGCUUUGGUGUGAUAAUUAG